AUGGCAAAAAAUCCUAUUUUUAUCGUUCUGAAUACGGAGCUGUGUCGUCUUAUUAUCCUCGAAGCGCAUGGACCGUAUCACAACAGUACAGGACAUACAAUAGCAGAAGUUCGACUACAGUACUGGAUUCCACGGCUCCGAGAACAAGUGAAGAAAUGCAUGCGGUCUUGUGUUCCCUGUCAAAAGAUGAAUAAUCUGCCAUAUAGAUAUCCAGAAAUGGCCGAUCUUCCAUCAAGGAGAGUAACAAGAACACUCCCGUUUGAAAAUAUAGGACUCGACUACUUCGGCCCUAAAACCGUCCAUGAUGAUCAUAAGGAACGUACAAACGUUUAUGGAUGUAUAUUCACAUGUUGUGUAACUCGUCUCAUCCAUCUGUAG